GUGGCCUCGAAGAAGUAAACAGAACCAUGGACAUAACUAAAUUCAUCGUCACCGGACGCGAUGAGGCGCUUCUUUACGGUGAUUACAGCACUUACCGCGCCCAAUUAUCAAGAAAACUGCUCUCAGCACGCAAGAAAUUGGGGCUAGCGACGAGAAAGGGAGCCAAAUAUGCGAAACGGCCAGCUGUGGCAGCGGAAGAUAUUGCCAGGAACCAUGAGUAUCUUCGUAUCCAGCUCCUCACGUCGGAGCGUGCCUGGGCUCAUGCGAUGUACAUGAAGUCCGCUCAUUCUUCCGACGCCAAAGGUAUCACAGGCGCCGCUCGAUCUCACAUUAUUUCGCGACUUCACAAGGCUUAUAAAGUUCAAGAGGGUGUGUUGGAGGCUCUGUCAGAUCGAUCGGUGUCUGGCGCGACGGAAACGGAUCUUCUUGAGGCACGCGCAUAUGCCACGUCUCUUGCUGGCGCCGAGCAAUUCGAGAAGCAAAGCUGGCAAGCUUGCGUCACGGAUUACUCUAUUGUCUGGGCUAUAUAUACCGCCCUCACUACAUCUACGAAAAGCGACAUAUUUAAGGACCUGGUUACAUCUACCGUUGAGCCGAGCAUACGUUAUGGGGCAUAUCAGUUGAAGCUUGCUCGAACGAUGGCAAUCCCGGUAAUUGUGCGGAAAUUCUUCCCCAUGGAUGAUCAACCCCUUGUCAAGGCGGUGGAGAAACUGGAUCCCACGAUCUUGAAGGAUACGUCAAAGCCUAAGCCAGAGCUGGCUGAGAGUGAUGCAGCGUCAAGGACGAUCACCUGGAGGUCACGGACAGUGGACUUGGAAGACGCAUCAAUUGCCGUAGCCCUAUCAGCAGUUACGACAGCAGCGAAGCAUCUGAGCGAGACACUAUCUUCGACCUCUACUUCACACCCUAGAGAGCGCGCAUCGGCGUAUGACGACAUCCUCAUUGCGAGCCAGGAUGCGGUUGAUGCAACAAAACACUCCAUCGACGAGUUGGUCGCGGAAGGCAUCUCACAGGGCGAUAAACGGAUACAGAGCCUCCAGAUCACCAGAACUGCCAUUGGCUACGAUUUGAUCAGCUGGCGGAUAGGCCGGAACCGAGUCCUCACGGGCGACCACGACGGCGCAUUACCAGACAGCGCGCCAAUUGCAAAGUCUCGCAAGUCCAAACAGGCAGAUGAGGUGACAGUCGACAAGGAGGAGGGCACUGGUCGCAAAUUAGCAAAGUUACGAGAGCGAGUCGUACUCUACGAUUCAACUCUUCAGAGCUUGGAUUCUAUCAAGGAGUUACCCGGAGUGUCUUCCGACACAGAGUUCCUGGGAGAGCUAGAAGCCAAGUACAACUACUUCCGCGCCCUGAAAUGCCUCGCCAUCGCCCGAUCACACUCCGUUCUCUCCUCAUAUGUGGAAGCCCUUAGCCUUCUAGCCCGGGCAACCGCUCUUCUUACCCCAUCCCUGCCCCACCUCUCCGCCGCAGCAGCACCCUCACCCACCGCUCCCCCAAAUCUCGCAAUCUCCCCUGCAUCGGUAUCCUUCUUCGCAUCGGUCUUAAACGCCGAGCUACAGCGCCACCGCGCACUCGUCGAAAUAACCACAGUCAGCGGUACUGUCGCCAAGCUGCCACCCUCUUUGCCAUUGGUGGAGACGUUGGAGCACUAUCCGACCAGCGGUGAUGUUGAUCUGAGCAAUCUGGUAUCUUACCCGACGAAACUGGAGGCGGUGCCGGUGAAGCCAUUGUUCUUCGACGUGGCGUGGAAUUAUAUCGAGUAUCCAGGGCGCAGCUCGCAGGCUACAGCACAGGUAGAUGAGGAGGAGAUACCUAGCUCGCGCGGAGAGGAGAAGCAGGAGGCGAAGAAGGGGUGGUUUGGGUUUGGAAGGUCUUGAGGGAGAGUGGGGCGCAAUCGUGAGGCGGGACGUGUUGGUUGUUGGAUGUGGUGCAUACAGUAUAGUACAGAUGAUCAUGCUGAUGAAGACUACAACGAAAUUAAUGGCCACAUUUAUGCCUCAGUGGUGUACCUGAUAUUAUCCGUGUUUUUGUGCUGUUCCUGUUGAAGCUGGUGAUUGAUGACUGACUUUUGGGUUUGGUUAUUUCGGGAUAUUUUGGGAUAUGGUUUUAUUUCCACUCUUCACAAUAAUAUUUUACCGUUCAAAAUUUAACGGGAUUCUGUACGUACAUCACAACAAAUAUCAUAUAAAACCUCCAAGGCAGCAGCAAUAAAGGAC